AUGUACAGAGGACUCAAAGCCAAAAACUCAGAAGUCAAAUUCUUGCAGGAUAACAUCAAACGUGCAAGAUUGCAGCUCAUUCAAUACCUUGAUCUUGCCAAGGAGAAGUACAUUCAACAAUCGGAGCAGUACUACAAAGCGGAACGUCAAGUGACAGACACAUUAUCGUCUCUCCACGAUAAAAGAGAAGAGCUGUUUCCAAACUCGCUUUACGUUAUGACCGGAUUCCUGACAGGUGUUGUGUUCACCAGACGCAGCAAUAUUUUGGUCAGAUCUACAGUGCCAUUAUUUUGCGGGGUGGCUGCAUUCAAGUUCUUCCUUCCAUCGACAUUCUCUAACGUAGUUUUUUGGUUUGACAAUUACGAGAGAAAACACCAGCCAGAACGUUGGUCGUCCCAAAAAGAUUUGUUCAAUAAAGCAAGCAAAAUGAUCGAUCAGGCAGAUAGGCUGGCCACAGAAACCGAGUCUGUUGUUGGGAAGUAUAUAAAUGAAACCAAGAAGAUGGUGGGAACCUACGCUGGGCUUAAUGUUGAACAGAAAGUCUCCGAGAAAAGAAAUAAAUGA